AUGGAUAACGUUUCAGAAGCAUCAUUAUAGGAAGAUUCAAUUAUUGAAUUAGAGCAUGCUAUUGGUUUUAGCGGAAAGAUUCCAAGAUGUGUCUAUUUCCAUCCUAAUGGUUAAGAUUUUGUAUAUAUAUCUGGCGCUUGCAUAGUUAUCACAGAUUUAAAGGAUCCUCAUAAGCAAAGCUUUUUAAGAGGUCAUGAUAAUUAAAUAACAUGCUUAGCAAUAUCAAAUAAUGGUAAAUUAGUAGCUUCAGGAUAACUAGGUGAUAACUCUGAUGUAAUUAUUUGGGAUUUCUAAUACAGGAAACUUAGAUUUAAAUUAUCCGAACACGAUCAUGAAGUUGCUAUAGUUUAAUUUUCAGAUGAUGACAGAUUACUAUUUAGCUGUGGAAAUCCAUCAGAUAAAAAGAUAUUUAUAUGGAAUACGAUAAAUGGGUGUAUUGUAGCUAGUUGUUAAAUAUAUCCUGAAAAGAUUAUUGCAAUGAGAUGGGGUGGAUUCGCUAAAGAUAUAAAGCUUAGAGAUACAAAUAAAUAUUAAUUUGCAACUGCAGGAAAUAAAUAGAUAUGCGUUUGGAAAUUGGAUGCUCAAUUAGGAUAGAUUUAGCAUGAAUUUAUUAACACAGGAUCAGUAAUUAGAGAAUACAGAUGUCUAGAAUUCUCCAAAAAUCGUGAGGAUUAUUUAUUUGCAGGAACAUCAUCUGGUGAUUUUCUAUGCUUUUAAAUGAAAAAUAAAGUAUUAGCAGCUGUGAUUACAGUCUCCGCUUAAGGAGUUCAGAGCAUACAAGCUGUAAAUCCAUCUCUGAUUUUAGUUGGAUGUGGUAAUGGUAUUAUAAAUUUAUUUAAAACCGAUGGAAACUAAAUUGAUUCUGUUGUUAAGAAUUAAAUUAUUGGCAGUGUUAACAGUAUUUCUUGCUCACCUAACUUAUAAGAGUGUAUGUGUGCAACAGAUAGAGGUUUUAUUUACAGAAUUAGAAACACAGACCUUGCUAAGAUUUUACAUUGUGAAAACCAUACAGAUUCUGUUGUAUUUUUAACUUAUCCUCCAGGUAUAUCUGAUAAAUUUGCAUCUUGCAGUGAAGAUGGCUCUAUUCGUUUAUGGGAUAUAGGAUCAGAUUACGUCGUAACCACUAGAUGCUUUGCUAAUAAUGCAGGAUCUCCUUUAUGUCUAACCUAUAAUAGCGAAAUAGUGUUGAGCGGUUGGUAGGAUGGCAAAAUUCGUAUGUUUUCAAGUGAAAAUGGUAACAUAAUUUGGUAAAUGGAUAAUGCCCAUAAAGAUGGUGUUUAUAGUAUUUGCCUAAGUAAAAAUUUUAAAUUCUUCUGUUCUGGAGGCUGUGAUGGUGAAGUUAGAGUAUGGGAAAUGCGUUCAAGAGAAAUGCUUUCUCAUCUUAAAGAGCAUACUUCAAAAGUAACUAAAGUCAAGCUUUUAGGAGAAAAUGAAAGCUAAGUUGUGUCAUCAUCCAAAGAUAGAGCUCUUUUAUCAUGGGAUUUAAAACAACAAAAAAGAAUAAGUGCUCAUAUUUAACGUAUGGGUGGUAUAAAUUCAUUUGAUAUUGCUAAUGAUAAUCAAACAGUAGUUACAACUGGUUAAGAUAGAAAAAUAACUUACUGGAAUUUAAAUUAAGCAAAUCCAAUCAGAAUAUUAGAUACAAACAAUAACCCUAAGGCUGCAGACGAAUGUAUGUCUCUCCACUUAUCAAGUGAUGGUAGAUAUUUUGUUACUGGAGGCUCAGAGCAAAUAGUAAAAGUUUGGGAUUUUGCAACUGGUAAAUUGAUAGCUUAAGGCCGUGGACAUUCAGGCUGCAUUAACACUGUUACCUUCUCACCUGAUUGCAAGUAAGUAAUUUCAGGAGGAAGAGAUGGAAAUAUAUUAGUGUGGAAUAUAUUUGACUGA